GGCGCGCUGAGAGGUUUUCAGGGGUAUUUCUUUAACGUCCUCCCGCCGUGGCUUGUUUUUCUGCUGGUGGGUCGCCCAGGUGAUGUGAACACGCAGAUGUCGGAUUACCUGCUCAGAAGCUGUGACACAUCACGGUUGGACCAUGGGUGAGAAGAAACAGGAGCCGCUGGAUUUGGUGAAGGACUUCCAGGAAUACCUCAAUCAGCAAACACAACAUAUUAACAUGAUCUCGCGCUCUGUGGACGAGGAGAAAGAGCCUCAGGAUCUCCAAGCAGGUAUUUAUAGCCCGAUCAUCCUUGUGCAACGACAUCUGCAGGAGCCUGAAGUUACCACCUUAAACAUGCAAGCAAUGUGUGAAGAUGAGCAGACUGGACUGGAGCGAGCCUCCAUCAAGGUGUCCCUGGACAACGCUGCGUUGGCAGACAGUUUCCAAAGGACAGAUGAUGGGAAACUGAAGUGUCGUUACUGUAAUUACGGCAGCAGGGGCAUCCAGAGACUCAUCGAACACAUACGCAUCCACACAGGUGAGAAACCCCACCGUUGCCGCCUGUGCCCGUUCGCCUCUGCUUAUGAGCGCCACCUGGAGUCGCACAUGCGCUCUCACACGGGCGAGAAGCCCUACAAGUGUGAUUUGUGCUCCUUCCGCUGCAGCGACCGCAGCAACCUGUCGCACCAUCGGCGCCGGAGGCACAAGGUUUUCUCCACUAAGUUGGUGCACCACUCCUCGCUGGCCAAAAAGAAGAUGCUGAAAAAUUCCAGCUCUGUUGCUUAUGGCCAUCAGCACCUUGUUAGCCUCAGCCCUCCAUCCAUGGUGGUGCAGAACAAUAUGGAUGGUUUCCCUCUGCAUACAGACGCAUACGAAAACCUGGCAGAGCUCCGCAGCGUUGGAGUAUCUACGGACUCAUGCGCGUUAGCCAGUCUGUCCUCUGAGGAGCAGGAUGCGGAUUCGUCUUGUAGAGAUGAGAAGCCCAUACUUAUCCCUCCUGUCUCAGGCCUUCCGUCUGUGAGCACAGCUCAGCCUCCUUCAGCCUCCACUCCGGACCUCCACUCCCACAGUACGAAGAGCGUGAGCUACAGCCAGCCCAGCCUACCUGCUCCCGCGUCCACUGCUUCGUGCGUUCAGAGCUCCGCAAAGCCCCCGGAGAUGCUGUACACCUGCUUACACUGCCAAAUGUACUUCGCAGACAACAUCCUCUACACCAUCCACAUGGGCUGCCACGGCUACGAGAAGCCGUUUCAGUGCAACGUCUGUGGGUACAAGUGCACGGAUAAGUACGACUUUGCGUGCCAUUUCACAAAAGGGCACCAUCAGUAGUGACUAAACGGGGACAUGAAACUGUGUCAUAAACUGAUUUUGUAUUUUCAUAAGCUCUUAAAAAGCAGGACACCACACUCGAGUAGGAUCAGGCACCUCACAAUCAAGUCUAGUGGUGAGUUUUUAGUGGAAUUCGGUGGAACUUUAAUAAAAGAAAGACGUGCAGAUUGUUUUGAAGAAAAAUGGUACGUUCUACAGGAAUUUACCAUGAGAUUUUUCCACUAUGUCAGUGAUUAGAACCACAACUUCCCUGUGUCUGUAACGUAAACAUUUCUUUAUUUUACAUGUGUAUUGUGAGGUUUUUUAGAUAUAGUUUUGGUGGCGCUAAAAUGGUGGAGAAUCUGGAAAAAUCAGUUUUCUCUGGGUGCUGGUUGUCCUUACAGUUGCCUGUAGCUCUCCACUCUGCACUUACUUUCCUGCUGCCGUGAUUGAAAUAAGUAGCUAUUUAAUAUUUGCUGGCAUUAACAUAAUCUCUCUUGUGGUGAAGCACUGAUCAAAAGCAGUAACAUUCAAUACAAAAUACCCCCACGGUCAAAUGACAUGUUUUGUUGAUUUUCUGAAUGAAGCAUAAUUAGCCAUAACUUUUCCACAGGCUACAUUUCAAUUUGUUUUCGAUAUGUUCUGCAAAUUAAUAGAAAUUAUCCAUUAAAAUGCACUUUGACCAGGGAGUUAAACCUUUUAUAUAUGACUGUAGGUCAGAAUAUAACUUCAGAAUCCAAAUAGAGGUGGCAUCGUACCACUUUCUGUUUUAAACUAAUACUAAUAUAAAAUUAUACGAUCAUCUAAAAAUAGGCAAUUAUAGGAAACUACUCAAACACUAUUGGCUCCACAGCUAACAUCACCUCACGCUGUGUGAGUGAGUGCUUUUCCAGGAUAGAUUCGUUACAGGACUGAAUCCUGAUUGAGUCUUUCGUUUUUCUCUCCAACAUCAGAUCCAGCAUUUUUAACCUGCAGUCAGCGCAAUACUCGCCGAUACCAACGUGCCAUCUCUACACAGAGGCGUCUUAACAAAUGACCUGACAACCAACUGAUAACUUGGUAGCAGUGAAUGCGUUUACAUGCGCUUAAUAAUCCGAUAACUGCAGAAAAUCAGAUAUCAUGAUGUCAGUA